UAUUAAGAAAAAACGUAGAAUGUUGUAUAAAGCUGUAUCUUUUAUUAAGGGAAAUUUUCCCAUUUGUGACGCAUCCAUUAUCUUUUGCAUAAAAAUGUCAUCGGAAGUAAUGUUCUCUUAUUUAAAAAAAGGAAAGAUGACCAAGCGACGUCCGAAUGUCAAGGACAAGGACGAAACUCAUUCUCUUUACAUACCCCAACACCUGGAGGUAAGCAGUGCGCAUGACCGGAAGCUCCGACCAAGCGAGUGAGAGGGGAAAGAGAAACCGAAGUGUGCUGGAGUGUGAGCGCAAGACACCGUGGGAGAACAAGGGAGGGCAGUUCAACCGCCAGCGAGAAAUAGUGGAGUAAAAAACACCCAACCAGGUGGUCCGAGCGCCAUGGGUCUGCAGUGUGCGCGUGUGUCUAUACGUACGGAGUAUGUUGGUUGAAGAUCAGCCGGUCGAUCCAGUAGUUAUUCCUGGGUGCUGCAAGCCUUACCAGCCAGCAUGCGUAUAUUCAUUUCCUACGGGAGUGGAAGCUCCCUGUGAGACAUUGUCUCUGUGACGUGGCACAGGGUAGACGGCGAAUAUUGAAUACCAAAACCCCAGUCUGCGACACGCAAACGUUGUGGUGACAUCGAAAGAAACGGACGGAUAAUGUCUCGGCGUAAACAAGCCAAACCCAGAGCUCUGAAACGUGACGAAAUGGAAGACGACGAAGACAGUAAAGAGGAUCAACACGCGCCGACCGAAGACAGGACGACACCGAAUGGAGAUAAAGAAAAUAUUGGUAGUGUGGAUAAAGACGGGCCCGAAUCACGUGAUUCUUAUCGCUGCGAAACUUGCGGUUCUCGUCUGGAUAAUCUUCAAGCCUUUUUGGAUCAUCGCAAUUUCGAGUGUUCAGCUGGUCUGAACGGUGGUUUCGGAACCCCAACUUCUUGGCGUUCCUCGGAUACCCCAGACGAUCAGUCCACUUCGAUGUCACCCACCAGCUGUGCCACACCCUCCGACCCAGAUGCAGACUUGACGUAUACAAUUGGAGUGACGGAAAGCACACCGUACGCCUGUCAAUUCUGUGACAAGGCAUUUCCACGUCUCAGUUACUUAAAACGUCAUGAACAGGUCCACAGCGACCAGAUGCCUUUUAAGUGUGACUACUGUCAAAGACUGUUCAAACACAAAAGAAGUAGAGACCGACAUGUCAAACUGCAUACGGGUGACAGGAAGUACCGUUGUCCACAUUGUGAAUCGGCUUUCUCCCGCAGCGACCACCUCAAGAUACACAUGAAAACGCACGAUAAUGCUAAACCAUUUCAGUGUACAGUCUGUAAUCGCGGUUACAAUACUGCUGCCGCUCUUACUUCCCAUAUGCAGAAUCACAAGAGGGAACAACCUACGGAUGGAUCAAAUUCGGCACAAACAUUUCGAUGCCUCCAAUGUUCGCUCGUUUUUACCACUGCCAGGGAUUUGCAGACUCAUGUAGGAAGUCAUGGAGAUGGUAGCAGUUCCCCAGCUUUUCUGCCUCAACUAAGUCCCAGCCCGAUCGUUCGUCACCAAGGAGAAGCAGUCGAUGUUCAGGGAAAAUGUAGCGUGUGCGAGGUGAUCUUUCCUUCUCCGGAAGCCUUAACUCUUCAUAAAAAGGUGCAUGAAGAUGUCGUUAUGACAGAUGUGAAUGGUGUGAGAGAAGAAUCGAAUGCUUCCACGAAAUUCGCUUGUGGGUUUUGUUCCCAGUGCGAUUUCUCCAAUCUCGAAAGCCUUCAACUGCACGUUCAAGCUUACCAUGUUCCCAUAACAUCGUCUGGAGAUACUCCAACUUCUCCAUCUCAAUUACCUUCAAUCUUGUUGUCUCAACAUCCACCGUCCUCUUCCGAUUUCGAUUGUGACUACUGCACUAUGAAAUUUGGAACUGUUCACGCUCUUCAAAAACAUACGCUAACUAUCCACAGCUUUUGUGACAUCAUUUCUAAGUGCAGAGAGAAUGUUUACUGUUCACAAUGUACUAUGGGAUUUACUAGUCCGUCUGCGUUACUCGAUCAUGUCAGAUCUAUGCACGAAAGAGAUGCCAGUUCUGGCACUCCCAUUUCUCAAGUAGGAAAGACGGAGAGUAACACAAAGACGGGAAAAAAUAGAAUGGUUAUGCCUAAAACAGAACCUUCGACAUACAACGGUACUACUAGCCACGAAUUUCCAUCUCCUCAUACAUUAUUAUGUAAUCAGUGCAAUGCAGCGUUUUCUGACUUCGAAUCAUUCAGAACUCAUUUGAAAACUCAUCUGGAUGCUGUAAAACAAAAAUUCACGUGUACCGAAUGUGACGGUGAGUUCACGACUGAAGACCAACUCGACAGUCAUGUUACCAGCCAUUAUCUAUCAACUAGCACAGAAUAUGGAUGUCAGUGUUGCUUAAAAUUAUUCAAUAAGCCUGAUGAACUUCAGAAACAUCUAAUGGAUAUUCACGCUCACCAUUUAUACAGAUGCGCUCUCUGCAAAGAAAUGUUCGAUUCCAAAGUAAGCAUUCAAGUGCAUUUUGCUGUUAAGCAUAGCAAUGAAUGUAGACUUUUCAAAUGUACAUCGUGCAAUGCUGUCUUCCGCUCAGAUGUUGAAUUUCAGCUACACGUUAGAGUUUCGCAUCUUUCUAAACUUCAACCAUUUCGCUGUUUACUUUGUGAUCAAUGCUUUCCAACCGAACUUCAACUUCAAUAUCACGUGAGCACACACAAAAAACAAUUCUCUUGUGUCUUAUGUGGUGAGGCUUUUCACGUCGAAUUUCUCCUGGAUAAGCAUAUGCAAACAGUACAUACAACGGAUGUGGCCAUGUUAAGUAGCUCCAGUAGAAUGUCGAAUGGUACGGCUGAAGUGGCACAAAAUCUUAGUCUCAAAUCACGUAAUAGAAAUGAAAAUUCUUCAGAUAGCGGCUCUAAGAAAGAAAUCCGAUGCGAUAUCUGCGAUGCAAGUUUUCCCUCAGAAUCUUCACUCAAUUCUCAUCGUCGACAUAUGCACAAUAUCCGUACGUCUGGCUCGCAAAAAUCGGGACAGGCCACCUUAAGUUUGUUUUGUGCUUAUUGUAACGAAUCGUGCAAAUCCCGAACAGAAUUGGAAAAUCACAUGAAAGCACAUACCGUAAGUCCAAGUAAACACAAAUGCAAUAUCUGCGAUGAACUCUGUCCGUCUGCAUCUGUACUAGCAGAACACAAACUGACUCAUUGUAAAGUAGUUUAUGGCAGUACAUGUGUGAAUUGUCGAAUGACUAUGCAGAGUGAAGAGCAAUUUUACACACACAUUCAACAACAUAAUAACCAUGGAUUUCCGUUACCUUGUGUAGUCUGCAGGCAGACGUUGAUAUCCGAGGUCGAAGUUCGGCUUCACGCUAGAUUUCAUUUAAAAAAUAAUGAAAACUUAUAUUCUUGUUGCGUGUGUACACGACACUACGAAGUUAACCAUCUAAUUAUUACUGGUAAGCAAGAUGGCGUUCACACUUACAUGUGCAAAGAUUGUUUUCAUAGCAAAACUGAUGAUUUACGGUGUCAUGAAUGCCACGUGAAAUUCGAAAAUUUGACAGAAUUAGAAAAGCAUAGAGUGACGCAUCGUAAAACGUACCAAUGCAUCAAAUGCCAGAUGUCUUUCGAUACAGAAGCCGAGAUACAAAUGCAUGUGGCUACUCAUGUUUUACAAGAAGGUACGUGCCAUGAAUGCAGAUUAUGCCACAAAGUAUUAGACUCGCCUGCAAAACUUCAAUGUCAUUUAAUUGAACAUACGUUUGAGGGAUGUUCCACGUACACUUGUUACAUUUGCAGUUCUGUAUUUACCACUCCUCAUUUAUUACAGAUUCACAUGUUGGAUCACGGACUUACUGCAAGACCGUACGAUUGCUCACGUUGUGUUCAGAAGUUUUUCUUUCGAGCGGAAUUAGAAAAUCAUAUUUUAUUACAUACGGAGUUCGAAGGUGCAUCUGAGCAAUAUCAAUGUACUGAUUGUUCUAAAGUGUUCAACACGAUUAUUAAUUUGAAUAAUCACAGAAAAUUGCACGAACAAAAAGGAAAUACCUACAAAUGUUCUCUCUGUCCAGAAGUAUUCCAGACGUCGUCUGAUAUGCAACAGCAUCAUUUUCGAUGCCAUAGUGAUACCGAUCUUCAAGAAGGUAAAAAAUGCUUCCCGUGUACAGAGUGUGAGCAGGUGUUUCCAUGUUUGAGCAAUCUACAAGGACACAUGAGAAUUCAUACGCAGGGAACUAAAUUUACCUGUCCUCAAUGUAAUAAAGAAUUUGCUUUAUCGAGGAACCUAAAUAUUCAUAUGAGGUCUCAUAGUGGGGAGAAACCAUAUGAAUGUCCUAUAUGCAAAAAAAGAUUUGCAAGAAAAGAAAAUAGAAAGGCUCAUCUAAAAUCUCACACGGGAUUGAAACCGUUUAUGUGCCCUCAUUGUGGAAAAACGUUUUCUCGAAAAUGUCACGUGAAGGAACACAUGAGGAUUCAUAUUAGUUCCACUACUAAUCCGUGCGAACUGUGUUCUGAAUCAUUUCCAUCAAUGAGACGAUUGAGAAAACAUAUGAUGGAAAUUCAUCAGAAACAUUACGAACACAUUUGUACUGUGUGCGGAGAUAUCUUCGAAACAUUACAAAAUUUGGAUAGCCAUUUACUGAAGAGUCACGAUGUGACUAUAGCACACGUGGAUGAUCCACCUCCAGAUGAUCUUUCCGAAUCUUCACCUGGUCAAAGUUCGACCUCUGGAGAUGCCAAAGACCUAGAAAGUAGUGAAUGCAGUAGUCUUCCGGAAGAGGGUGACAUGAGGGACUCUCCAGUUUCCGUAAACGAAGAAAGUGUUGCUGUGCCACCCCCAGAAGUUGCCGCGUGAUUUAUAAAAAUGGUGCUAAUAUCUCGAAGCACGUUCAAUGGCCUUUCUCUUUCCCAUCUGUUGAUAUGGCCACUUAGAUGAGCUUAUAAAAAAAAAACUAGAAGAUAGGCUAUUUACAUGUAAAUAGUUUCGGGGUCAUUUUUGUUAUUUAUAACAGUGUAAAUAAUGGUUGUUUUUCUACCGGAAAAGUUCUCCAUCACGGUAACUGCCUUAAUGUUUAUUUAUAUAAAUAUAUAUAAAAUAUAUACAUACCUAUUUAUUUCCUAAAUAACUCUGGGAGUUAUUUAGACAGCUACAUAAAAACAGGAGGAGGACAAAAAAAUGUUUUCUGUUGAGUGCUGGCUUGGAGAAAGCACAGCAUCUUUUGUGGACCUAACAAAAAUAAUAUGCCAAACUCGUGGUUGAUUGUGUGCGAGUUACAACAAAGUUUCUUGUGAUACUGGUUAUGGAAACUAACUAUUAACAUCGUUGUAAUUAUUAUAGGUCUCGUUUCGGUUGUUAACUAUUAUUGAGACAAAAAAAAACCAAGGCUAUGUGAAAUAUGGUUUUGUUAUGUUCCAUAUACCAGUUUGCUAUUGUAAUUUCUUGUUUUUGUUUAUUAGAUUUUAAGACUUUUUUCUAUAUUUUUAUGUGAGGGAGAACAAGGAUUGUACCUCGUCUAGCGUGUUUAUUUUUUCACCAUUUAUUUGUUUAGAAAAUAAAUAGAGGGUCCAAAUAGACAAUAUAAAAUUUAAAGAAUGAGUGGUAUACAUUUUGUUCACGCGCUCUUCAUUUCCUGAAUUGUAAGACCUAUAUAUAUAUAA